AAUUGCAUUUGCACACAUUAUCAUUAUCUCUCUCAAAAUGGCUCUUAAUCUGAGAAAAUUACGUCUUUCAAGCUUUGUUCUAGUGGGAAUAAUUUUUGCCUCAGCAAUUAUUUCCGCUACUAGUGUUGAUGUGGGUAGUAUUGUGACUCCUGAGUUCUUUGAUGGGAUCAAGAAUCAAGCCGCACCAGAUUGUCCAGGGAAGAGCUUUUACACGAGAGAUGUGUUUCUGAAUGUUCUUGAUCAAUAUCCUGAGUUUGGCCAAACUGGUUCGGAUGAUGAUUCUAAGCGUGAGAUAGCUGCAUUUUUUGCUCAUGUUACUCAUGAAACUGGAAGUUUGUGCAAAAUAGAAGAGGACAACAAGGAAGUCUACUGUAAUGACCCUAACUAUGCUUGCAUUCCAGGAAAGUCAUACUAUGGGCGAGGACCAAUUCAACUCACUGGAAAUGGUAAUUACAAAACGGCUGGAGAUGCUCUACAAUUCGAUGGACUAAACUCUCCUGAAAAGGUAGCCCAAGAUCCUGUUCUAUCUUUCAGAACUGCCUUGUGGUACUGGAAGACCAAUGUUCACUCAGUUGUAAACAACGGUUUUGGGGCAACAAUCAAGGCGAUUAAUCCUACUGAAUGUGGUGGCGGAAACGCUCCUGAGGUUCAGAGUCGUAUUCAGUAUUACAAAGAAUAUUGCACCAAAUUUGGUGUUGAUCCUGGCCAGAAUCUCUCUUGUUAGGUUCUUGCACCAGUUGAAUUACUAGUAUAUAGAGAAUAAAAAGAGUUGCUUCAUGAACAACUUAAUUAAUUGUUUGAGUACCCUUAUAGCCUUCUGAAGGUUAUAUGUAUCUGGGAAUAUGUUAAUGCUUAUUUACACAUGCAGAUCUUGUUUUACCUUUAUUAGAAGAUAUAUAUGUGAAAAGUGUUUUGAUUUGAUAUCA